CUGUCAGGGUUUCAGACUGCAACAGGGCAGGUCGAGGCACGGGUCACCUUAUAUUAUCGCCGUCGUGACAUUUCUACUGCACUUCUGAAAAUCGCAGAUCAAGCCGAGCGGAGAUUCGAUGAAUAUUACGAGGAAGACAAGCCGAAACCCGACAAAUACGGAUCAGCUGGUCACACUGUGGCCAACGGUGCUGAAGCUAAGGCAGAACCACCUGACAUAGCAGACCAUAAGAAUGAGGUGAAAGAUGAAACAGACUCGGACAAGCGCUUCGAAUGGGGAUCAGCUGGUUUGCCUCUCGGUGUCGAGGAGCUCGAGGAAGUUCGUCGUCACAGAAUCAGGCAGCGGGAAUUGUUCCUUUCGCGACAAGUGGAGACUCUUCCAGCCACACUCAUUCGUGGAAAGUGUCAAGUAACACUGCUUAGCGAGAUCGAAACAGUUUCCAGCUAUGAAGGCGAAGACAAAUUCUUCUAUUCCCUGGUCUACGAUCCGAGCCAGCUGACAUUGCUUGCUGACAAAGGAGCUAUCCGAGUGGGCGAAAAAUAUCAAGCACAAGUACCUGCAACAAUGGAGUGUGACGAUAGCAAGGAGAAUGGAGAUGGAGAUGAGUUGAUGAUUGACGAUGAAGAAGAGCGUAGUGGCAGCGAGAUACGUUUAUCACAUCGCGCACCGUCGGAAACUGAGCGAGAAACACUCGUCUAUCAUCCCCAUCACUCCCUGACGGACCGAGAUAUGGAUCAGUUCCUCAUCGUUGCAAGAGAUGAGUUGAUGAUUGACGAUGAAGAAGAGCGUAGUGGCAGCGAGAUACGUUUAUCACAUCGCGCACCGUCGGAAACUGAGCGAGAAACACUCGUCUAUCAUCCCCAUCACUCCCUGACGGACCGAGAUAUGGAUCAGUUCCUCAUCGUUGCAAGAGCCGUUGGGACGUUCUCACGUGCUCUCGACACUUCCUCAUCGACAAAACUGCCAUCUCUUCACAUGACGGCAGCUGCCGCCUCGCGCGAUGUUACCCUUCUGCAUGCUAUGGCGUUGCUUCAUCAAGCUGGUUAUGAUAUUGGUCAGGCAGUGAAAUAUCUCGUUCCGCCACCGAACAAAAAUUAUUAUCCAUUAGAAGCGGACAAAGCGACUGGUCACAACACUGUCAGUCUUGGAGGCCCAAUUUUAUGCAGAGAUCAAAUUGAGGAGUGGUCAGCAGCAGAGGCAAAUCUUUUUGAAGACGCGCUCGAAAAAUAUGGGAAGGAUUUCUCGGACGUACGGGUCGAUUUUCUGCCGUGGAAAUCUCCGCGGGACAUUGUUGAGUACUAUUACAUGUGGAAAACCACAAAUCGAUAUGUUGAACAAAAGAAGAAGAAAAACGCAGAGCACGAAAGUAAACUGAAGCAGGUCUACAUUCCGAACCACGCUAAAACUACUGGUCCUCCUGUACGAGGAACGGAUCCCUGCGAAGGUUGCAAGGCUGUGGAAAGCAAUAUAUGGCAUGCUUGGGGACCUUCGAAUUUACAAGUUGCGUCUUUGUCAUGA